GUUGCUUUUCUCCUCUCAUUAAUACCAAUUUUCCUUUUUUUCGAACGAUCACUGCAUUUUUCUCUUCGAAUCGAAAAGAUACCAGUGGAAAUGGCGAAAUCGUCGCGAGCUUUCGACUCAUCCGACGACUACAUGUCGAAUUCAUCCUCGGAAGAAGAGGAGGUCAGGGAUCAACCCGAGGACGUCGACGACGAGGAGUUGGAAACCGUCGCGGGGUCCUCCGAAGAAGAGGAUGCGGCGGAGGAUAUAACCGGAGACGAUGACGAGGAAAAUGAGGUCGAUUAUACUGUCAACACUGAAAUUUCUAAGAAGGAAAAAUCCAGGCUAAAAGAAAUGCAGUUGAUGAAGGGUAAAAAGAUCCAAGAAAUUCUUGAUGCUCAGAAUGCCGUUAUUGAUGCUGAUAUGAACAAGAAAGGAAAGGGCCGGCUGAAUUAUCUACUGCAGCAGACGGAGUUAUUUGCUCAUUUUGCUAAAGGGAGUCAGUCUGCAUCUCAAAAGAAGGCAAAAGGAAGAGGUCGGCAUGCAUCUAAGUUAACUGAAGAGGAAGAAGAUGAAGAAUAUCUCAAGGAAGAAGAAGAUGUUCAUUCUGGAGCUGGAGGUACAAGACUAGUGGCACAACCAUCUUGUAUUCAAGGAAAAAUGAGGGAUUACCAACUUGCUGGUUUAAACUGGCUUAUACGGAUCUAUGAGAAUGGCAUUAAUGGAAUACUCGCUGACGAAAUGGGGCUCGGUAAAACAUUGCAAACUAUAUCCCUGCUUGGUUAUUUGCAUGAGUUCAGAGGGAUUACGGGCCCUCACAUGGUUGUUGCUCCAAAAUCCACACUUGGGAAUUGGAUGAACGAAAUCAAACGUUUUUGUCCUAUUUUGCGUGCUAUUAAGUUUCUUGGAAAUCCUGAAGAAAGAAGAUAUGUACGUGAGGAAUUGCUUGUUGCCGGCAAAUUUGAUGUUUGUGUGACAAGUUUUGAAAUGGCCAUUAAGGAGAAGACUGUCUUGCGCAAAUUCAGUUGGCGCUAUAUCAUCAUUGAUGAAGCUCAUCGGAUCAAGAAUGAGAAUUCUCUUCUCUCAAAAACAAUGAGACUUUUUAAUACCAACUUCAGACUUUUAAUUACAGGAACACCACUCCAGAAUAAUCUUCAUGAGCUCUGGUCUCUCCUUAACUUUUUGCUUCCGGAAAUAUUUAGCUCUUCUGAGACUUUUGAUGAAUGGUUCCAAAUUUCUGGAGAAAAUGAUGAACAGGAAGUUGUGCAGCAACUUCACAAGGUUCUUCGGCCCUUCCUUCUAAGAAGGCUGAAAUCUGAUGUUGAGAAAGGUUUGCCUCCGAAGAAAGAGACAAUCCUUAAGGUUGGUAUGUCUCAGAUGCAAAAGCAGUACUAUAGGGCAUUGCUACAGAAAGAUCUUGAGGUUGUGAAUGCUGGUGGAGAACGCAAACGUCUCCUCAACGUGGCCAUGCAACUAAGGAAGUGUUGCAAUCAUCCAUAUUUAUUCCAAGGUGCUGAACCUGGUCCACCUUAUACUACUGGAGAACAUAUAAUAGAACAUGCUGGCAAGAUGGUUCUUCUUGACAAGCUGCUUCCAAAAUUAAAGGAGCGUGAUUCCAGGGUUCUGAUAUUUUCACAGAUGACAAGGCUGCUGGACAUUCUUGAAGACUACUUGAUAUUCCGUGGACAUUAUUACUGCAGGAUUGAUGGAAAUACUGGUGGUGAAGACCGAGAUGCUUCUAUUGAAGCUUUCAACAAACCAGGAAGUGAAAAAUUUGUUUUUCUGCUCUCUACUAGAGCUGGGGGACUUGGUAUUAACCUUGCAACUGCUGAUGUUGUCAUUAUUUACGACAGUGAUUGGAACCCACAGGCUGACCUACAGGCUCAGGACCGUGCUCACAGGAUUGGACAAAAGAAGGAAGUCCAAGUUUUUCGAUUCUGCACUGAGUAUACCAUUGAGGAAAAGGUGAUUGAGAGGGCCUAUAAAAAGCUGGCCCUUGACGCUUUGGUGAUCCAACAGGGUCGGCUAGCAGAACAAAAGACUGUGAACAAAGAUGAGCUAUUGCAAAUGGUGAGAUUUGGCGCGGAAAUGGUUUUCAAUUCCAAAGACAGCACAAUAACAGAUGAAGAUAUUGAUAGAAUUAUUGCCAAGGGAGAAGAGAUUACUGCUGAACUCGACGCCAAGAUGAAAAAAUUUACUGAAGAUGCCAUCAAAUUUAAAAUGAAUGAUAGUGCUGACUUGUAUAAUUUUGAAGAUGAGAAGGAUGAAAAUAAAUUUGAUAUCAAGAAAAUUGUCAGUGAUAACUGGACGGAACCUCCGAAAAGAGAGAGGAAGCGCAAUUACUGUGAAUCUGAGUACUCUAAGCAAACGCAGCGUCAAGCUGGUCCUGCAAAACCAAAAGAACCUAGAAUUCCUCGCAUGCCGCAAUUGCACGACUUCCAAUUCUUCAAUAUGCAACGUCUCAGUGAAUUGUUUGAAAAAGAAGUCCGGCAUCUUAUGCAGGCGAAUCAGAAGAUUCAAGCUAAAGAUGCUAUGGAGGUGGAUGAACGUGAAGAUGUGGGAGAGCCUUUGACUGCUGAGGAGCAGGAAGAGAAAGAGCAACUGCUGGAAGAAGGAUUUUCAACAUGGAGCAGACGAGACUUCAACAGUUUCAUUAGGGCCUGUGAAAAGUAUGGUAGAAAUGAUAUCAGAAGUGUUGCCUCUGAAAUGGAAGGGAAAACAGCGGAAGAGGUCGAAAGAUAUGCUACAGUUUUCAAAGAAAGGUAUAAAGAAUUGAACGAAUAUGAUAGAAUAAUAAAAAACAUUGAAAGAGGGGAGGCAAGAAUUUCGAGGAAAAACGAGAUAAUGAAAGCCAUCCGGAAGAAACUAGAUCGCUACAAGAACCCGUGGCUAGAAUUGAAGAUCCACUAUGGCCAGAACAAAGGGAAGCUAUACAAUGAAGAAUGCGACCGUUUCAUGAUAUGCAUGGUGCACAAGCUUGGGUAUGGGAACUGGGAUGAGCUCAAGUCAGCCUUUCGUACCUCACAUUUGUUUCGGUUUGAUUGGUUUGUCAAGUCUCGAACCACUCAAGAACUCGCACGGAGAUGUGACACCCUUAUUCGACUGGUGGAGAGGGAAAACCAAGAGCAUGAUGAGAGGGAGAGACUGGCUCGCAGAGAGAAAAAGCUCGCCAAGAAUAUGACCCCACCUAAACGUGCGUCUUCAAGAUAUGCCACAGAAAGCCCUCCUUCGACAAUGAAGAAGCGCAAUAAAUUCUCGAUGGAUGACAAUGGGAGCACCUCGGCAAGGAGGAGAAAAUGAUAUCAUGGCUGUGUUUGGUGAAGUAUCUCAUCUUUUUUUUUUUUUUUAUUUUAGAAAAUUAUAAACAAGAUCAAUGUUAAUUAAACAAUGGUUGCACAAGAUUGUGCAAAUAACUUUUCUGACGUGCAAGGAGGAGAAAAUGAUAC